AGUACUUAGCUUUCAAAUUUUGCUUAAGAGUAUGGCAAGACCAUUCCUCUCUUUACGGUCAAUUCCUUAAAGGAAGGGACUUUUUCUGUUAUCACCAAAAACCCUCUUUAUAUCUAUCCUCUGCCCUAAAACCCAUUUCAUAGUUCUUGUUAUAGUUCUGAGUUUUGCAUGUUUUUCUUCUCCUUCUACGCUGUUUGAGUGUUGAGAGAGACGAAGGAGAGAAGAGAGAUGGUGGGUUAUGAGGAUUUUGCAUUUAGAGCAGAAGAGCUUUCUCUUGUUCAUCCGGAUCCUCUUGUCUUGGAGUUCAAUCGGUUGCAGAACCAACUCAAAGAAAAAGACAGGGAGCUAUCAGCUUCUCAGGCUGAAAUCAAGGCUUUAAAGGCCAGAGAAGUGCUGAAGGACAAGGCUGUAGAAGAGCUUAGAAAUGAAGUUAAUAAGUUGGAUGAGAAACAUAGACUUGUAGAAAAUCUUCUUGAGCAAAAGAAUCUUGAAAUCAAGAGACUAAACAAUGAGAAAAAAGAUGCAUUGGCUGCACAGUAUGCUGCAGAGGCAACUCUUAGAAGGGUGCAUGCGAACCAAAGGGAUGAUGAUCCAGUGCCUAUUGACUCUUUGAUUGCUCCUCUAGAAGCAGACAUUAAAAUGUAUAGAAAUGAGAUUGCAGUGCUUCAAGAGGACAAAAAGGCAUUGGAACGUCUCACUAAGUCAAAAGAAUUAGCUCUUCUUGAAGCUGAAAGAAUAUUGCGAAGCGCUUUGGAGAGAGCUCUGAUAGUUGAGGAGGUUCAGAAUCAGAACUUUGAGCUGAAGAGACAGAUCGAGAUAUCUCAGGAGGAGAAUAGGAUUCUUGAAAAAACUAAUCGCCAGAAGGUCUUAGAGGUUGAAAAGCUCAGUGAAACCAUUCAAGAACUUGAAGAGGCUAUUUUGGCUGGCGGGGUUGCAGCAAAUGCCAUUCGUGAUUACAGGCGACAGAUUUCUGAACUAAAUGAUGAAAAGAGGACCUUAGAGAGAGAGCUAGCCAGAGUUAAAGUUUCAGCAAACCGAGUAGCAACCGUUGUGGCUAAUGAGUGGAAGGAUGAAAAUGACAAAGUAAUGCCAGUCAAACAAUGGCUGGAAGAGAGAAGGCUGCUUCAGUCAGAGAUGCAACGGUUGAAACACAAGCUAGCAAUAUCAGAGAGAACAGCUAAGGCAGAAGCCCAACUGAAGGAUAAACUGAAGUUGCGGCUGAAGACAUUGGAAGAAGGCUUAAAACAUUUAUCAAGUUUCUCUAUUGAUCCUAAUUCGGUUAGUUGUUCCCCUAAAAGAGAAAAAUCUAGUAAUAUUUUAGGGUUCUUCACAAGCCCAACUGGACCGAGGAAGAGGUCUACUUCUCAGCCAAGGGCUUCAAGCAUCAGAAGAGGCUCCCCUUUGCAGCCGCCAAAGAUGGAAAAUGAAACAGCUAAUGAUGCUGGAGAUUUAGGCCUCAAGAAGAAAUAUGCUGGGGAAAAUAUGCCAAUGAGAAAAAACAUGUGGGUAUCCAGAAAUAAAGUUGUUGAUAGCAGUGGAAAGGAGAACACAGAAUUGAAGACAAACACAGAUGCCAAUGUUUGCAAGGAUGGUGAUGCAGAUCUGGCAGUCUCAGCAGAAAUCAAAAAUAGAAGUAACGCCAAUGACGGGUUGCAGAAUAGGGGAAAUAUCAGUCCCAAUUCAGAAGAUGUUGUCUCAGGGUUUCUGUAUGAUAGACUUCAAAAAGAAGUCGUCAAUCUAAGGAAGGCUUGUGAGGUUAAAGAAAGUAAUUUGAGUGCCAAAGAUGAAGAAAUCAAGAUGCUCAUGAAGAAGGUGGAUGCACUAACAAAAGCUAUUGAAAUAGAGUCUAAAAGGAUGAAGAGAGAAGCAACAUCAAGAGAAAAGGAAGCUGGACCAACUAAAGUGAACAACCACCAAAGGACCAAAGAUACAAGCUCCAAAAGCAUUGCACAGAAAUCAUCUUGAAGAUUCCUCAGUCGGAUGGAGUUGAUGAGGUCGUGAACUUCAGUUGAUUACUUUUUAAAAAAUGGAUUUCAGUUGAUUGUGUAUCUGUCUUCGGAUUUUUUUUCCCUUGUAAAUAUGACUUGUUUCUCUGGUAGUAGAUAAUCAAUAAAGUUCUUAUGCAAAAGAAACUGAGUUGCUCUAGGGUGAUGUUUGGACUGUCUGACACAUUUGAAUAUGUUUUGUGAUUUGUAUCUAAAAUCAUAAUAGUCAAUUCAAUUCAAAUUAUGAA